AUGGCAGAAAUAAGCGACUCUCCACCAACGCCAACGGCUCCUUUCAAACGGAGGUUGAAGAACUUCACAUCCCCUGGCGAGAAUCCCGCGAAAUACCGCCCCGGAGGCUACCACCCGGUUAAUCUAGGUGAUAUCUUCAAUGAUGGCCAGUACAAGGUUAUUCGGAAACUUGGAGAAGGGUGUUUCUCUAUUGUCUGGCUCGCCCACGACUUAAGGAACUCUCGAUACGUGGCUCUGAAGAUUCUUGUCUCAGACCAGGCGGACCAAUCCCAGGAGGUGGAAAUACUGCACCAUCUUGCCAAGAUUGCUCCCUCGGAAGCACCUCAGAGGACCACGCAGAUUCUCGCAGAGUUUGAACACAAAGGCCCCAACGGCACGCACAAAUGUCUCGUGUUUGAACCAAUGGGCCCUUCCGUCAAUCAAAUGAUUCUGGAAUUUGCUUACAGAGAGGACAAGUUUCCGAGUGAGAUAAAGUAUCCGCCCCAGAUGGCAAAACGCAUCCUCAGGGACUCCUUGAAAGGGUUGGCUUUUCUUCAUAAGAAUGGUAUCUCUCACGCAGACUUUCAGCCUGGAAAUAUGCUGUUCUCGCUCAACAACAUUGAUUCCUGCGAUGAGGCGGCCCUAUGCCAGGAGGAGACGCCGGACGAGGAAUACCGAAUUGAGAGACUUGAUGGCAAGAAGGAUAAAUGGGCACCCGAGUAUCUGUUGACCGCAGAGCCACUGGCUAGCCACACGAGUAUUGAUGAAAACCUCGAAGUUAAACUAGCCGAUAUGGGUGGUGCAUACUUCCUCAACGACCCCCCCCAGGAGCCGGUAGUCCCUCGUGCCCUUCGCGCUCCAGAGCUAGUCCUCAAAGGAGAAUUCGACAAGGCUCAGGAUAUCUGGAGCUUCGGAUGUCUUGUUUUUGAGUUGAUCGCUGGACGACAUCUUUUCUACAUAUGUGGUCCAUUCAAAGACGAGACCGAACCAGACGAUGAGCAUCUUCUUGAGAUUCAGGAUAGGCUUGGCCCAUUACCCGAUGAGCUUUACAACUACUGGAAGACUUCCUCGCGCUACUACACCAAGGAUAGACAACUGUACAAUUGGGCGCUUGGUGGUGUUGAGGAGGGUGAAGAGCCGAAUAUGCCGAAACCGUCUAUGCUGUCUACUAUGGAGGAAGCCUUCGAUAAGGAGAGCCCAAAGAUGACAGAGGAUGAGGCGCAGGAGGUCAAGAAGCUCAUUCGAUGGAUUCUUCAGUAUGAUCCUGCCAAGAGACCAUCGGCUGAAGAGAUCCUCCGUCACCCAUGGUUUGCAGAAGAUUCAAGUGAGAAGGCAGAGUAA